AUGCAAUUCUUUUACUGUAUAUCUGCUAUAGAUGGAUCAGCAAUAACAAGAACAACAACAACAACAACUGCUUCUUCUCCAGCAGUAAACACAACUUCAACUGAACGUACAAUGCGGAAGAAACCUAUUUUUAUGUUUCGUUCUGAUGCAUCCCAACAGACGAAAGGGGCCACAACGGAAGUUGAAACACCACAACCGUCACUAUAUGAAGAUUCAGGGACUACAGAAACGCCCAGAACAGGAA